UAAACGAUGAGUUUAUGUCACGAAACGCCGAUGCUGUGAAUGUGCGGCUUACCCGAGAUGUACACAGAACCUACAUAUGAAGGUACAUGCUGCAGUAUUCAGUAAACCCGCUCGGAAGAGGAAUUUCCAUCCAAUAAUAAUUGCGUAGCACGUCGAAUCCCAACCAAGCCAAGUCGGAAUCUCACUAGUUACACUUCGUAUGAUAGGGGUAGCUAUAUUGUGGUAGAUUGUCUCCCGCCCGCCGUCAUUGAGAAUGCAUCGAUCGAUUAGUGCCCGUAGUGCAACCCCACCGGCUGUAGUGAAUGGUGCAGCGCGUUUGAUUGAUUGAUCGAUUGGUUGGAUGGCAGAGUCGAAAGUCGAGAAAUGUUCGCCUCGAGACACUUUCGACAGAUUGGAUUCACCUACGCCAUCCUGUGCUUUCUGGGGUCCUUCUUCGUCACCAUCCACUGUCUGAAGCAGUUUGUUCAGAGUAGAGGUGACGAAAGUUUCCUGCUCCCGGCCGCUGGGACGGUAAUAUUCCUGUUUUCAGCAUUUUUCUCACUGCUGAUAAAGCUUGGGGUAGAUGAGAUCAAGCCACCGUACAUCCGAGCCCAGAAGGUUUACAUGCUGAUCAGGAAUCUAAUCCUGGCGGUGUUCUUCACCUGUCAAAGUGUGGCCUGGAGUAUUUCGGAAAAUGCCAAGAGCAUCGAGGCCACCGGAAUGUUGCUCGUUGUAUCGGCAUCCGUUGGACUAGAGAUGUGGAUCAUCGAGGGCGUGCAAAGUUACGUCGAUGAACGGUACUCAAGGGAAAGGCUGGCGCGUAGUUUGCGAAACAACAACAAUAACAACCGUCAACAUAGGUGACAGUAGAUGGGUAGUCGACUUAAACUUAGAAUGUCAAGGCGUUAACUAAUUUGAAGCUUCAAUUCGAGUGCAAAAAACUGUGCAAAAUUUGGCGCUACAAGUUUUAGACCUGAGCUGCUGGGAGGGGAACGUGUGUUUUCUUCUGAAAUGUUCGAGAAGAAGAUUCUGUGUUGCUGUACAAUGAGACUGAAGCUGCAAAUAAUAUAGAUUUAUUAGAAAAUUUAUAGAUCAGACUCAUCAGACUUUCAAAGACACUUAAAAUUGCAACCAUGCAUGGAAAGGCUCAAAGAAAAAAAAAUUAAUUUGUAUUUUUUCGUAUACUGCUUGUGGCUUUAAAUUUAGCUGUUCUGUAAUAAAAACUUUCAAUAUGAAAAAUCCCAUUGCCAGAAAUUUCACUAAAAUAAUCAUGUUCAAAAAGUUACAUGCAAAAUUUAAAAAAUAUCUAAGCUGAUCAAGUCAAAACUUGCACAGCAAC